AUGGACCGAGUUUAUGAAAUUCCUGAGGAGCCCACCGUGGAUCCAGUUUCAUCUCUGGAGGAAGAUGUCAUCCGUGGAGCCAACCCUCGAUUUACCUUUCCAUUUGGCAUCCUCUUCUCCACCUUUUUGUACUGUGGGGAGGCUGCAUCUGCCUUGUACAUGGUCAGAAUCUACCGAAAAAAUAGCGAAACCUACUGGAUGGCAUACACCUUAUCCUUCUUUAUGUUUUCAUCCAUUAUGGUCCAGUUGACCCUCAUUUUUGUUCACAGAGAUCUGGCCAAAGACAAGCCGCUGUCAUUGUUUAUGCAUCUAAUCCUCUUGGGACCUGUUAUCAGAUGUUUGGAGGCCAUGAUUAAGUACCUCACACUGUGGAAGAAAGAGGGGCAGGAGGAGCCCUAUGUCAGCCUCACCCGAAAGAAGAUGCUAAUAAAUGGCGAGGAGGUGCUGAUAGAAUGGGAGGUGGGCCACUCCAUCCGGACCCUGGCUAUGCACCGCAAUGCCUACAAACGUAUGUCACAGAUCCAAGCCUUCCUGGGCUCAGUGCCCCAGCUGACCUAUCAGCUCUAUGUGACUCUGAUCUCUGCAGAGGUUCCCCUGGGUAGAGCUGUGCUAAUGGUCUUUUCCCUGAUCUCUGUCACCUAUGGGGCUACCCUCUGCAAUAUGUUGGCUAUCCAGAUCAAGUAUGAUGAAUACAAGAUUCGCCUUGGGCCGUUAGAAGUCCUCUGCAUCACCAUCUGGCGGACAUUGGAGAUCACUUCCCGCCUCGUGAUUCUGGUGCUCUUCUCAGCCACCUUGAAACUGAAGGCUGUGCCCUUCUUAUUGCUCAACUUCCUGAUCAUCCUCUUUGAGCCCUGGGUUAAGUUCUGGAGGAGUGGUGCCCAGAUGCCCAAUAACAUUGAGAAAAAUUUCAGCCGGGUUGGUACCUUGGUGGUGCUGAUCUCCAUCACUGUUCUCUAUGCGGGCAUCAACUUCUCUUGCUGGUCAGCUUUGCAGUUGAAACUGGCAGACAGGGACCUCGUUGACAAAGGCCAGAACUGGGGGCACAUGGGCCUGCACUAUAGCAUAAGGUUGGUAGAGAACGUGAUCAUGGUUUUGGUUUUCAAGUUCUUUGGAGUCAAAGUGUUACUGGAUUACUGUCCUUCCUUGAUUGCUUUGCAGCUUAUCAUUGCUUAUCUGAUUUCCAUUGGCUUCAUGCUCCUUUUCUUCCAGUACUUGCACCCAUUGCGCUCACUCUUUACCCACAACGUAGUGGACUACCUCCAUUGCGUCUGCUGCCACCGGCACCCUCGGGGCAGGAUUGAGAACUCAGAGCCAUCCUGUGAUGCUGAAGCAAGGCAAAGCAUUGUCUGAGAUUCUGUCUUCUGGGUCUUUUGGGAUAGGCUGGGGGUGGCCAAGAGCAACUUUGAAACUGAAUGAGAGGAUGAGGCUCAUAGGUGAGUACCCACUGGGACAUUUUCUUGAAUUUUCUGGUAAGCCUCUAAGAAGAAAGGGCAGCUCCCAAAUAGGAUUUAUUUCCUUAAGAUUGACUGCUAUGUUUGGAA